AUGAGAACUCCCUUCAGGGGACCAGACGGCCAAUGCCAAUUCUGCGUGCGUUUCUUGGCUGGAGGCCAAGAAUUCUGGGAUAACAACGGUGGUGACAACUAUCGCGUAAAUAUGGUGCAAGAAUCGUCUGCACCCGCUCAAGCCGCCCAAACCCUAGAAUCACCACCUGUGAAGCCGGCGCAUCACUCAAUCACAUCAUCAUCGUCGUUCUUCACACCCCGUCGUCUUCGUCGUUGGGGACGAGCUCAAGAGGAAUCUGAUGAUGAGAGCUCACGCAUCUACAUUCCUCGUCGAAAAGUACUGUAG